AGGGGCGCGGGGUGACUGUGCGGGAGCCACAGCGGAGUCCGGUCAGUGAGAGGAGGGCCGGCCGGAGGAGACAGUGGGCCGGUGCACCCACUGGGCCUCUGGACUCCACCCCGGGCCGAGCGGCGCCGUUUCUGGCAGGCUUGGGAGGCGCGUCUGAGACGCCGACGGGAAGAUGUUCAACGUGGAGUCUGUGGAGCGGGUGGAGCUGUGCGAAAGCCUGCUCACUUGGAUCCAGACAUUUACUGUGGAUACACCAUGCCAGACUGUGGAAGAUUUAACGAAUGGGGUUGUGAUGGCCCAGGUUCUUCAAAAGAUAGAUCCUGCAUAUUUUGAUGAAAAUUGGCUGAACAGAAUUAAAACUGAAGUGGGAGAUAAUUGGAGGUUAAAGAUUAGCAAUUUAAAGAAAAUUUUAAAAGGAAUCUUGGAUUAUAAUCAUGAGAUUUUAGGACAACAAAUUAAUGACUUUACCCUUCCUGAUGUGAACCUUAUUGGGGAGCAUUCUGAUGCAGCAGAGCUUGGGAGGAUGCUCCAACUUAUUUUAGGCUGUGCUGUGAACUGUGAGCAGAAACAAGAGUACAUUCAAGCCAUUAUGAUGAUGGAGGAGUCUGUUCAGCAUGUUGUCAUGACAGCCAUUCAAGAGCUAAUGAGUAAAGAAUCUCCUGUCUCUGCUGGAAAUGAUGCCUAUGUUGAUCUUGAUCGCCAGCUGAAGAAAACUGCAGAGGAACUAAAUGAGGCUUUGUCAACAAAGGAAGAGAUUGCUCAGAGGUGUCAUGAACUGGACAUGCAGGUUGCAGCAUUACAAGAGGAAAAAAGUAGCUUAUUGGCAGAAAAUCAGAUAUUAAUGGAACGACUCAAUCAGUCUGAUUCUAUAGAGGAUCCCAACAGUCCAGCAGGAAGAAGACAUUUGCAGCUUCAAACUCAGUUAGAGCAGCUGCAAGAAGAAACGUUCAGACUCGAAGCUGCCAAAGAUGACUACCGCAUCCGCUGUGAGGAGUUAGAAAAGGAGAUCUCUGAGCUUCGGCAGCAGAAUGAUGAGCUGACCACUUUGGCAGAUGAAGCUCAGUCUCUAAAAGAUGAAAUAGAUGUUCUUAGACAUUCUUCUGAUAAAGUGUCUAAACUAGAAGGUCAAGUGGAGUCUUACAAAAAGAAACUGGAAGACCUUGGUGAUUUGAGGCGGCAGGUUAAACUCUUGGAAGAAAAGAAUACUAUGUAUAUGCAGAACACUGUGAGUCUAGAGGAAGAGUUAAGAAAAGCCAAUGCAGCUCGUGGUCAGCUUGAGACUUACAAGAGACAGGUAGUAGAACUACAAAAUAGAUUAUCUGAAGAAUCAAAGAAAGCAGAUAAAUUAGAUUUUGAAUAUAAGCGACUAAAAGAAAAAGUUGAUGGUCUUCAAAAAGAAAAAGAUAGGUUAAGAACAGAAAGGGAUUCUCUGAAAGAGACCAUUGAAGAGCUUCGCUGUGUACAGGCUCAAGAAGGGCAGCUCACCACUCAAGGAUUAAUGCCUCUGGGAAGUCAGGAAUCUUCAGAUAGCCUGGCCGCAGAGAUUAUUACUCCUGAAAUCAGGGAAAAACUUAUUCGUCUUCAGCAUGAAAACAGGAUGUUAAAACUUAACCAAGAGGGUUCAGACAAUGAAAAAAUUGCCUUACUGCAGAGCCUUCUAGACGACGCAAAUCUACGCAAGAAUGAACUAGAGACAGAGAACAGGCUGGUGAAUCAAAGACUUCUUGAAGUUCAGUCACAAGUUGAGGAACUGCAGAAAUCUUUGCAAGAUCAAGGCUCCAGAGCUGAAGAUGCUAUUUCAGUUCUUCUCAAAAAGAAGCUUGAAGAACAUCUAGAGAAGCUGCAUGAAGCCAACAACGAGCUGCAGAAAAAAAGAGCCAUUAUUGAAGAUCUGGAGCCCAGGUUUAACAACAGCUCCUUAAGAAUUGAAGAAUUACAAGAAGCUUUACGGAAAAAAGAAGAAGAAAUGAAGCAAAUGGAAGAACGAUACAAAAAAUACUUAGAGAAAGCCAAAAGUGUUAUCCGUACUUUAGAUCCUAAACAGAAUCAAGGAGCAGCACCAGAAAUACAAGCUCUUAAAAAUCAACUCCAGGAACGAGACCGACUAUUUCAUUCAUUAGAGAAAGAGUAUGAGAAAACGAAGAGUCAAAGAGACAUGGAGGAGAAAUAUAUUGUUAGUGCCUGGUACAACAUGGGAAUGACUCUGCAUAAAAAGGCAGCUGAAGACAGACUGGCUAGUACAGGAUCAGGGCAGUCGUUUCUAGCCAGGCAAAGACAAGCAACCAACACAAGAAGAUCUUACUCUGGCCAUGUACAGCCAGCCACUGCAAGGUAGAGGUAUCUGGCCACUGGAAAUUUUUGGAAAGUAUACUUCUGUUAAUGUAACAACAUUUCAGGAACUUCAGCCAGCUUAUUUUUGUCUCUUCUAUGUCAAUACUUAAGUGUUUAUUAUUUGAGGACUUCUCUCUAUUGUAUUUGUUUUAGUUUCUUUGUCCUUCAUUUUGUAGUCUUUUUCAGUUCCUUUUAAUGUGCCAAAAAUUUGUAAGUGUACAAUUAAAAGUGUUGUAUAAUAGUGUAAUACUUUUAUUUGUAUGAAAAUGUCUUCUUCCCAAUGGUGUAGGCUUUGUAAUCAAUUAGAUUUUCUGCCAAUAAUUGAUACACAAUUUAUAUUCUUUAUUGUGUCUACUGUGUUACCAUGCUUUAUAAGACUAUCUUUGUUUAAAGGGAAUUAAUCUUUUUUAUGGAUGUAUUAAUCUGUUUUCAAUUAUUUUCCACAUGCACUUCAAUUAACGUAGAUAUUUACUACUCACAGUGGUUGUAGAGACACAUGCAUUGACAGAGGUGCCGGUUGGAUCUUCCUUAAGGCACCUGUCAGAGUUAAAGGGAAAAAAAUGAAUUUUCACAUUAUUUUUUUUUGUUUGCUUUUGUUUUGGGAAAAGUUGUCAUGUAGCCCAGGCUGGCCUCAAGCAUGCUGUGUAGCUGAGGAUGGUCUUUUGUUUCUGAUCCUCCUGCUGGCAAAUCUUGAGUGCUGGAAUUAUAGAUGUGUGCCAUCACAUCCCAUUUCAUGUGCUACUGAGUAUAGAACCCGGUUUGUGCAAUCAGGCAAGCAUUCUACCAAUGAGCUACAUUUCCCAGCCCCCCCUUUUUUUAGGAAAUUAAACUUGUUCUAAGAUUUGGAGAUGACUUUUAAAAUAUAAAUGUGAAAUUUCAUUAUUUUCUGAUGUCUUGUUUGCUGGUAUAAACAGAUUUAGUGAAGUUAUUUUGGAAGAAAUUAUAGAAUUAAAUAUGCAGCAUUUUUUUUCUUCUUUUGGAUUAUCUUAGUAGCUAAGGAUGAAAUUGUAUCCAUAUCUUUGAAAUUUAUACUCCUCAUUGUUCUACAUACAUAAAAGAUUUAAUUCUUAUAGCCUCACCUUUUAAGCAGUUUGGUGACAUAUGCCUUACUUGUUUUACUUAUUCCUCAAUAUGAGCCCUUUCAUUUCUCAAUAGAUACUUAACAUCUUAAUACCAGUCACUAAGACCAGUACAGGACUUCCUGUAAGUAAUAUUAUGGCAGGUUUCUUUACAUUUUUGUCUUAAAUCUAUUCUACUUGUCCAAAAAUUGGUUACUAGGGAUAGUUCCUUGGAUAUCCAAGGUUACCUCAAAUUAUUUAUAUUAUGAGGCACAUUUAUUGAUAUUGAUGAACAACUGUCAAGUAACCAUUGUAAAACCCUUUGUCUACAUAAGGUAAUAAGUAAUGUUGAGUUAUCAUUUAUUUGAAAAUGAACUGCCUUUUAUCCUCUUCCCUAUUAAUUUACAUAUUUGGUCCCAAAUUAUACUUAAGGUUUCUGGCCUUUUGCUUUGCUUGGAUAGCAAAUUUGUUAAAAAAAAUUUUUUUUAAGUUUUAAUUAGGCCAAGAAUUUUUGUUUGUUUGCAGGUAGGAUAUCUAGCUGAAAACUGGUUAUGUACUUGACAUUUAGAAGUUCCAGUGUCGUAAGUAAUUCUGUAUUCUAAAGACAAGUAACUUUAAAUUAAUCUCAGUCUAAAAUUUUUCAAAAACUAUACUCAAGUGUUGGUUUUAAAUUCUUCCUCUUACAAGAAAGUUGAUCUAAAAAUUUAUAAUGCAUAUUAUUUUCUGUUUGAAAUAUUUUAGUUUUGAAUUUGGGUUUUUUGUCAAACAGGGUUUCUACGUAUAAGUGAGACUGGCCUUGAACUCAGUGCUGAGAUUACAGGCAUACAAUACCAUAUCCAGCUUUGUAGUGUUCGUAGAAAUUGCUCAUAAAGUAUGAAAUGUACACAGAAA